AGCGCUUCAUUCUGCCCACCCCUUCAGAUUGCUGUAGAUUCCGGGCUGGGAAGCUGUGUAGCUCCUUUCACAGCCGGACCGGUUGCUCUUUUAAAGGGAGUCGGGGCGGUCCCACCUCUGAUCACAUGGUGACUGCUUAAACCAGGAGAGCCCGACAACAGAGUGAGAGCAGGAGAGAGGGGGAGCAGCGCGGAAGCAGAACUGCUGUAAGUCCCGGUGUGGAGAGGACAGGAGAUCGAGGAUCGGCCGUUGUGAUCGGCGGCGGGGGGACCGCUCCCUCUCUCUGGACAGGACGAUGCGAGAGGCUGUUAGCUGCCGGCCGGCCGGCGGAGAGAACGGCACUUGGGAGCUGGGAAGACGGGUCACAAGCUGAAGAUGUGCCUGGCUCUUGGGGAUUAGCGAGCCAUCGAGAGACAGAAAAACCGCACAGUGAAGCUCUUUUACCGCUUUGGUCAGGAUGAGGACCCUGUUGGCCUCCCUGGCUCUGAUCUCUUUCCUGGGUUUCUUUCACGGAUCUUCCUCUUCUCCCCAGAGCAAAGCGAAAAGUUUCCGAACUCUUCUCGCCGUUACCGUGUCCCCGGAGCAGGGGAGAAGAAGCACCCCCAGGGCUAGCUGGCCCCCCCGGGUUGUCCCUGCCCAAGUGCUUGCCCAGGACGUGUUCUGGAGCGAUCGUUUGGAUGGCGUUCCCUCCGCUGGAUUUUCCGAUCUCCACGUCAAGCGCUGGCAGUUGAAAGCCCGCUCCUCAUGGCUGGUGUCCUUGGAGAGAGGCUGCGGGAGGGUGUCCAACAGGCUGGCCAGCUUCUCGGAUGGCACCAGAGCCUGCCUCAGGUAUGGCAUCAACCCAGACCAAGUACUGGGGGAGACCCUCUCUUUCUAUCUCUCCAGGCUCCUUGGCAUUCGCAACGUACCCGCUCUGGCUCUGUCCAGGGUCAACAUCAACGCCGAGCAGUGGCUGAGGGUCAGGCAGGAUGUUCAAGGCUCUCAAUGGGCGGACAAACCCAUCGUUAGUCUCACCGAGUGGAUCAGCAAUCUCACCGACGUGGUGACCCCCCCAUCUCUCAGGACAGAAGGAAGGAGGCUGCACCCCUUGGUGGAAGAACUGGCCAAUGUGACAAGCCAGGAGAUGUUGGAGCUGGUGCAAUGGUCAGACCUCAUCCUUUUUGAUUACCUGACUGCCAACUUUGACAGACUGGCCAGCAACCUCCUGAGCCUGCAGUGGGACUCCAGAGUAAUGGAGAGGUCGACCAAUAACCUCCACCGGACUGCAAAGGGGGCUCUGGUCUUCAUUGACAAUGAGGCGGGGCUGGUCCAUGGGUACCGAGUGCUGCCCAUGUGGGACCGGUACCACGAGUCACUGCUGAAAACUCUGUGCAUCUUCCGGAAGGAAACCGCCAAGAAAAUCGCCGAGUUGCACAAGUCUCAAAAUGUUGCCAACCAGUUACUGGAUUUAUAUAGGGCCAAUGAACCCCUGGCCUCUCAAAUGGGAUUCCUGUCUGAGGAACACUCUGAGAUGUUGCAGAGCAGGACUGAUCGUUUGUAUAAGCAUAUACUGCAAUGUAAAGCUAAUUAUAGUAAAUAGGUAUUAAUGAUUUUUUUUGCUUUGCAUUUUUUCCACAUUUCCCCUGUUCCCCUAUGUCCUUAAUUACAAGGGUAGGUUGUUCUAGCUAUCUGGGUGAUGAACAGACCACCAGGAGGUGCCCUUGAGCAAAAUGAAAAGAGAUGUUUCUUUGGGUAAUUCCCUGACAAAUUGAUAACCUACUGGCCUGGAGGAGGGGAACCUGAAUUUGAAUGUUGUUGAAGGCUGUCAUUGGAAGCUGUGUGUUUAGGAGUGUGGGCUAGCUGGGUCAGGCAUGAUGGAUCAGAGCCAACAUCAAGCAGAGAAGCCAUUAGGAGAUUGUUAUUCAAACUGUGUGUACAUAAAAUCAUUAAUUUGUCUUGUAACAUACCUUUUCUAUUUUAUAAGCCUUAUUGUAACAUCUUGGGAGUGAAGCUCAUUUUGGCCAGUAACAUAAAACAGCAGCCAAUUUUACACCCACGCCCAACUUGGGGUUGCCAAUUUGCUUGGAUCAACCAAGACAAAUUUAAUUCCCCUUUGUAUAUUUUAAACAUGAGUAUACAUCAUUGCCUGGCUGCUGUGGACUUCAAACAAAACAUAACACUCUUCUUUUAGUUACUGCAAUGCAGCUGCUUCCCAGCAGGUCCUACCUCAUACCUGGACAUCUGGAGUAGCAGUUGAUCAUCAGAUGGGGUCAGUCUUGCCGGUCUCUAUAACCUUGUUACAGCACGGUUCAUAAUGGCAGCCAAGAAGUUGCAAGAGCACUACCGUGUGAGAAUUCACACAUUUUGAAUUUGAAAUGAAAUACAUACAGUAUUCCAAUGCAGAUUGUUGGUGUUAGGUUCAUAAUAUGUAGGAAUAUGAGUUCAGCCCCUCAUGUUUGUUUUGCAAUUUAUAGAUUAAGGUUGAUCUAGGAAAUAAAAUGAGAAUUUAAAAUUUUAAAAAGUAUAUCUGCUUUCAAAGUCUUGCAACAGCUAGUGUGUAAACAGAUAUUCUGAGGGUACUGUUGGAUCACAAUCAGAAGAAUGCUGACAAUUCCUAGCUUGGAGAGUAUAGGAAUAGCAAUAACAGGGUUAUUGUUUCAAUCAGGGUCUGUUUCAAGCAGAGUAGGUUCUGUAUAUGACUGUAAUCAGGGUUUCUCACAAACCAGACUCAAAAUGUUAACUCGGUCAUUCUCUCCACAGAUGCUGUCAGACCUGCUGAGUUUUUACAGCAAUUCUUGUUUUUGUUUGUCUCAGACUAACUUGUUUCUGUUUGGAAAAGUGACCAAGAACUAUCUAACACUGACCAACCCAAGCUUAUUUUUGUAACCAGCAUCUACCUGACACAGGCUAGGUCCAGUUUAUAAAUGUGACCAUUUUUGGGAAGUUUUCUUCAAUUAAAGGACUAUAUGAAUACAAGUGUGUUGGUAGCCAGGGGUCAAGAUUUAAAAUAAUUGGCAAAAGAAAUAAUGGGGAAAUGAGAUUUUUUUUGAGAGGAAUGUUAAGAUUUGGAAAGCAAUGGGUAAAAGAGUGGUGGAAGCAGGUUCCAUAGGAACUUUUAAAAAGCAAUUAAUCAUGUACUGAAAGAGGACCAGUUUUCAAAGUUAUGGGGAAAAAGUUGGGGCGUGGGACUAAAUUUUAUGGCUUUUUCUAAAAAGCUGAAGAGGUUCUUUUAUGCUUCAAUGCUGUAUAAUUCUAUGAUACAUACUUUGUUUUUUUUUCAAAAUGUGAUUGGGAUCUGCCCAAUCUGUUUAGGGUGAACUUGUGCAGCUGGUAAACAUUCAGACAUGUGUUUUUUUUUUACUAAAGAUGCUUGAACUUGUGAUGGCUUCUUGUGAUCUGUGAAUUUUGAUUAAAUAUCUUUGAGAUGCUCAGAGAAAUGAACUGAAUUUGAAAUUGGGGAAACAUUCUCAGGUGUAAGAUUUAUUUAACCCUUGGAAACAGUGAAAUUUUACUUGGAUGUAUCAGGAUCAUCCAAGAAGACAAGUAAGUCUCAAAAGAUUAACCCUCUGAGUUCAGAAGUUACAGUGUGUGCUCCCUCUUUAAUCAGAACAGAUAACAACUAUUACUACAGACUUAAAUCACCUAAACUUAAAGCAGCUUUGAAACGCUUGUAAUGUUGAUGAGAUUUAAGAUGUUACAAUUGAAGCCUUUGGUUUAGAAUGAAUGACUAGGACAGAUAACUGCUCUUUGAAGCCUUCAAUAGUUCAAUCUGCUCAUUUUCAGUGUAAAAAUUGAGUUGUCACAAUUUGGAUUAAGUGUUUACAUAGAAUUACAUAGCAUAUAGAACACAGAAACAGGCCAUUCAUCCCAAUCAGUCUAUAUUGGAAUUUUCAGCAAAUUAAAAAGUAGUGACAGAGCAAACCAUAUUGCUCAUCAUUUUACCUUGUUAUUUUUGUACAGGGAGGGAUUAUUGGUUGUGACCUGUCUAGCCACACUCAAUAACAGCAUCACGCUGCUGGAGUAUAAUCUUGGUAUAAAAUAAGGCACCUACAUGCUGUGAGUUAACACCUGACUUUGUAGCCCAUGUUUUCUGUGGUGACAUUCAAGCCAGAGGGCGUUCCAAGGAAAGGGCUAUAUUGCCACUUAUGUCUAUGUCAGGCCAUCUCUAUUGUACAAUGAUGAGCUUCUUUCAGAAGAUUGUGUAAAACAUAUAGUUCAGAGGGAAAAUACAAGACAAGUUAAUAAGUUGACUUAUGUAUUUAAAAUAUUUUAAUUAAAUCUGCCAUUUCUACUGGUUAUGUACUUGCAUUUGAGGAAUAAUGAGGCAGCAGAGUGACAUAAUGUAUGUAAAUGAAAAAUGAACUUUUGAAGAGAACAAGGGACUGUUAAUUUGCUAUUUACUAUUGUGUAUUGACUAUCAAUCUUAAAGAGAGAUUCUCUUCAUAAGCCAUCCAAUUCAAACUGUUAAAUCAAAGACACUAUCUGUACAUUUACUAGUAUCGCUCAGCCAGCACUUGAUUCAGUGCUUUGGUUUCAAAAUUGCUGUCAGAAACUACCUGAGAGGAGAUAAUUUCUGUAGCAUGCCGCUCCACUUAAGUGGCACCAUGAAUAGAUUCACUCGAAACCCUAUGAAGUACAGUGCAAAGAAAGACUGCGAUACCAAUACCUGUGCAGACAGCAGUGACAAUUUUUUGGUGAUUCAGUGGACCAGCGUUCUCCACUAAACUUUACGCUUAGAAUUGGCUUCCUUCAAAAACCAUGGGUAUGAAUGGUUGGCAGGUUGGUGGGGGUGGAGGGAGGUACGGGUGGGGAUAUCCCUUUUAAACCUACAUCGUAUCCAUUAAAGUGUGGUAUACUGUGUAACCUCGUGGGCAAUUACAUUGCUAUUUCACGUGACAACUGAGUAACUACUCCAUUCGUAUUAACAGUAAUUUAUCACUUUUUAUUCAAAAGAAGGCCAGGAAGUUUCUCAGCUAGCGUAAUAGGUAAAUGAGUUAACCAGUGUGGUACUAACCAAAUACACCGUGUUUCAGUGCUCAAUCUAUGCUGAGUGACUGGACUCUGCCAAGACCUUGAUACACAGCAUAGCUGACCCCUGCUCAUUUUGUCAGCUAUUUUUAAACCUAUUUGCCUAUUGCAAAUUUACCUCCCCACAGCCACAGCCAUGUAUCAGCAGAUUUAACACCAAACUAAGUGUAUGUUAAAACAUUUUCAAGUAAAGUGUAGGGAUCGCAAAAUGAAUCUUUACACAGCACAAGGUGUACAUUGCUCCUUGUUAAAUUAUAUUCCAUAAUGUAUUUGACCCUUCUAGGGAGGAGGAAUGGACAGUGGCAGAAAGUUUGAGAGGACAAAGGAGGGUGCUUUCAUAUAUGCUUCCCUGUUCUUACCAUCUGCCCAUCUCCCAAUCCCCUUUGCCCCACACUUGCUGUCACAUAAAAUCUGUCCAUGUAAUAUAUAACUAGCUCUCUCCAAAAGUAUGCAAGGAGAUAAGAACAAAAGUGUUUGCAUUUGCCCACAUCAAAAGGGGGAAACCUUUAUGGAAAGAGAGAGAAUGUGAGGUUAGCUGUAAAGAAUAUAUGGGAAUAAUUACCUUGGCAGCAUGUGUGAGCAACUGAUGAGAUCUGGGAUUUUGUGGCGUUAGCUGACCCCGCCUUCCCAACAAAUUCCCACCAAUUCAGAGCACAUUGCUCUGAGGGUGAUCAAGAUCUAAUGUGGUAGUUUGACUUUAUCCAUUCCUUCCUGUAAUUACACACUGAGAGCAGGGAGGUGGGAGUAUUAGAUUAUAGAGUGGAUGAAAGAAAUAUUGGCAGAGCACAGACUGAUAAUUACUUAUUACAUUGAAUUUACAGCACACAAACAGGCCACUUGAUCUAACUGGUCUAUACCUGUGUUUAUGCUUCACAUAUAAUGUAUAUAAAUGUAUCAUAACAUAUGUCUCCUUUAUUCAGUUUGCAGAAACACAACUGUCAGCUAUUCAUGGUGUACACAUAUUUUAAAAUGUGCACAGGUAGAGGGGUGUGACAUGAUUUUGUAAUGGAUGCUUUUCUGUUGUAAUUGAUAUCACUUCUGCUUGACUAAUGUCAAGCUUUUUUAUUGAAAAUUCCUUUGUUAAUAUUCUUUAAUUGGCAUGUCUUAAAGUGUGAAUGGUCACUUUUUAAAAAGAAAAUCUUUCAUAUGAAUGUCAAAGAGACUGAUGUGUCGGAUGCACGCUCAAUGUCCUAAUAUUUCUGUGGGUGAAACCUCUGGCAUCUCCGCUCAUAUCAAUUUUAUAGUCAGGCCAUUUUAUAAAAUAGGGUCAGAUUCCAAUCUGAUCUAUUUCUGCUAUGGCUAGGAGUGAAUCAGUAGCCAAGGGGUUUGUGUCCAAUGUACUUAUACAUCCCCUUCUACUAAAGUAUUGAAAAUUUGUAAUACUUCUAUGAUAUAUUCACUCUUUGUCCCUCUGAUAGUGCUUCAGGAUGGUUAAUAGUGCAGUGCAUGUCUGCACCAACUCUACCCCUCAUUGAUUCAUUGCAGAAUAGGUGCCCACACAAUGCAAGAUAGAUCAUGUGAUGUGGAAGGCCUCAUCAGUUCAGUUCCCAGUCACAGCAUCCAUCACCACUUGAAUGAUUCCAGGUAUUUUGUCUCCACAACCCUGCCUGCUUGCCCAGAAGUCCAUUCCAAGUGUUCUUCACUCUUUCAAUGAGGAAGAACUUACCCCCAUCACCAGCUUGAAACUGUGCUCUCUUAUCCUACUGGCACAGCUUGGUGUUUUAGAAUUGCUUUCAUCUAUAUAAUUUUCUAUCUUGCAUGCUUCUGUAACAUGCCCUGAAGUUGAAGAACAUGUGUAACUCCAGAUCUUAAUAAUUCAAUUCGGAGGCAUUAGGAAUCAGACUUGUGGCUCUUCUCUGCAAGACACUGUUCGCUAUUCUGUAACUUCCCUAACAUCUGGCCACAGGAGUACUGGAUAUAAAAGUGGCUCAACUGUUCCACCCCAGGGUUACUGCAGACUGCAACUGAAAGUGCGCUCUUACUUUGGGAGAAUUUCCUAUGGUCACUGUAUGCCAAGGACAUCAUGAACAUAAUGGAAAAUUUUCUUAUGUUUGCUAUGUAUGGCAAAAUCACUUUAAAAUAAUAUAUUUAUAAUGCUUAGAGGUCACUACUGCAUAAUGAUGACUAUUGAAAGUCCUCCUCCAAUGGUUGCUUAGUUACCAUUUACAUUUGGAGUCUCCAAGUCUUUCUGCAAGGGUCUCGUGAUUGGUGGAUUCCCCACUGUGGAGCUGAGAUUUUACAGCUGUUACCAGUCUAUCCACAUACCCCAUGACACUGAAUCUUUCAUGAGGAGAAUUGUUUUAUUUGAUGUCUGUGGCAGAGUGUAACUUUAAAUAUCAGCAGUGGGCGUCUGAUGUCCAGUCCAAAAGUGACAUUUCGUGGAUUCUUCACAAUUGUACAGUGUCUCUCUAAUGCACCUUAAGUUUUGUUAAUAUGUUUUAAAUGAUACCUGAAUUAUUGUAUUAAGGUAUUGGAAGGUUUUAUCAGACUAAAAAUGUCAUAUAUGAAAAUAAAAGACCAAUUUCUUUUGUCUUUUUUGAAUUGA